AUGGAAAAAGGAAACUUUACUGAUGGCGAAAAAUACUCUGGGGUGUUUGAACAGCGGCGAUGCUCAGACUCCUUAACAAGAGGAAUGGAAGGACAUCUCAAAUAUCUCAUAGCGUUUAAUAGCUUUCUUUCCGUCGUUGCAUUUCUUGGAAAUACUCUCGUGCUGGUGGCUCUUCGAAAGGAAACUUCGCUUCAUCCGCCCUCGAAGCUUUUGUUACGUUGUCUGGCAGCAACUGAUCUCUGCGUUGGUCUGAUUACAGAACCCCUGAAUGUCAAUUAUUGGGUGUCCCUAUUAAAGGAGGAUUGGAACACUUGUCUUUAUGCAUAUAAGGCAUGUUUCAUAACAAGUUAUAUUUUGUCUUCCGUAUCUUUGUUAACAAUAACGGCAAUAAGCGUGGACAGACUUCUCGCUUUGUUACUGGGGCUGAGAUAUAAACUCAUUGUAACUUUAAAGCGAACAUAUGCGACUGUGAUUACCUUUUGGUUUGUUUCCACUGCGGCUGCCACACUAUAUCUCUUAAACCAUCUUAUCACCUUUCUUUAUGGCUACAUUUUCAUACCGUCAUGUAUUUUCAUUUCAAUUUGUUCCUAUACAAAGAUUUUCUUUACAUUACGCCACCAUCGAACUCGUGCACAAGAAAAUGUCUCUGAUGGAAUACCGGGUAGAGCUAGGAACCUGGCGCGACACAGAAGGGCAGUGAUCAGUGCAUUGUGGGUCCAACUGGCUUUAGUUGCUUGCUAUAUUCCUUAUGGUGUUGUGGGUGUUUUCUUAAGUAAUAGUAAACUCACGCCAUCAAAAUUUUUCUUUUUGGAGGUUACGAUAUCCUCAGUGUACUUAAACUCAUCUUUAAACCCGUUUCUUUACUUCUGGAAGAUAAGCGAAGUGAGAAAUGCAGUAAAAACUACAUUAGACAAGUUCCUCCUCAUUUAUGCAGUUAACAAGAGCACUUUUUCCGUAACAGAGCGCAGAAAAGAUAUUUAAACUCAAUAAUUAUCUCAAUAGAUGCAAUGACAACGCGAAUCUUAGUGGAAAUGAUCAGUGAUGAGACCCAACUAGAUACCUCAUAGAACAGCUAAGGAGUUCGUCCCACGCUCUUAGCGAAUAUUUAACAGGUCUUCUUCCCAGUAUUAAAAACACAGGAAAUAUUUCAAUGAACUGAGUAACGUAUAACAUCCAGUCCUUGCCGAACGUCGUAAGCGGUACCUCACCCUCGAACAGCUUUGCUUCUAACACAUGUGGAAACGAAACGAAUCAAUCUUAUUUCUCAAAUUUUACCUUUGAUCAAAAAGGGAAACCUUUUGUUGCUAUCUAAUACGAUUUCAAGUUUCGCUUUGACGCAAAUAAACACAACUUGAUAGCAACCAUGUUUGAAGGACUAAGCGGAAAUCGUGCCAACUAUCACCAUGUCGCGAUUGAGUCAAGCCACCAAAAGUUUAUUGAUUAUUCAACGUUUGUACGUAUCCAAUGGUUGCCGAAACGGACCUACUUAAUUAAACGAGAUGUGAUUUGAUA